AUGGACUCACACAUCCCAGAAGCCUUCCAGCAAGAACUCACCUGCCUCAUCUGCCUGACCUACCUCACAGACCCCGUCACCAUCGGCUGUGGGCACAGCUUUUGCAGGCCCUGUCUCAACCUUUCCUGGGAAGAAGCUGAAACUCCUGCCAAAUGCCCCACAUGUAGGGAAGAAACCUCUCAGCAGACAGAUUUCAAAACUAAUAUUCUUGUGAAGAAUCUGGUUGCCUAUGUCAGACAGGCAAGUCUCUGCCAAUUCCUGAGCUCAGAGGAACAUCUGUGUGGGACACACAGGGAGACCAAGAAGAUCUUCUGUGAAGAGGACAAGAACCUGCUGUGUUUGCUCUGCUCUAAGUCUCCGGAGCACGAGGCUCACAAACACUCAUCCAUAGAAUGGGCGGCUGAGGAUUACCGGGAGAAGAUCCUAAAGCAAAUGAGUUCUGUAUGGGAAAAGAUCCAAGAAAAUCAAACAAAUCUAAGUGAAGAGAGCAGGAUAACCAACAUGUGGAAUGAUUAUGUGAGUCUAAGGACAGUGAUUAUCAAAGCUGUGUAUAGGAAAUUGCAUCCAGAUCUCCAUGAAGAAGAAAAACAACAAUUAGGGAGACUGAAAAAAGAAGGCAAAAAGAUUUUACAGAAACUCAAGGAAAAUAGAGCCGCAAUGGUUCAAAAGAGGAAAAACCUAAGAGAAAUGUAUGAAGAGCUGAUGAAAAUGUGCCAUAAACCAGAUGUGGAGCUGCUCCAGGAUUUGGGAGACAUACUAACAAGGAGUGAGUCAGCACAGUUGCACAUGCCCCAGCCUGUGAACCCAGAGCUCAGUGAAGGGCCCAUCACUGGACUGAUAGACAGGUUCAAUCACUACCAAGUGGAAAUUUCCUUCAAUAAUGAAAUAUGCAACCGCAUUAGUACAUUGUUUGAUGGUCUGAGAAGACUGCUGUCUAGAUAUGACCAUCAAGACGUGACUUUCAAUUCUCAAAGAUCUAACUAUUUUGCUUCGUGGGGAACCCAGGCCUUCACCUCUGGCAAACAUUACUGGGAGGUGGAUGUGGAUGAUUCUUGCAACUGGGCUCUAGGAGUCUGUAGGGAUUCCUGGAUCAGGAAGAAUGGCACACUGAUUGAAUCUGAGGACGUAUUUCUUCUUUUAUGUGUGAAGGAGGAAAACCAUUACAGUUUCUUCACCACUGCUCCAAUAUUAUGUCAGUAUAUACAGAAACCUCUGGGCUGCAUUGGUGUGUUCCUUGAUUUUGACAGAGGAAGUUUGAUUUAUUUGGAUGUUGCCCGAAGUUCCCUCAUAUGGAGCUACCCGACUUGCUUCUUUGAUUUCCCUCUCAGGCCUUUCUUCUUCACUGGUCGCACAUGA